AUGGUUACAGCCAACGUAGGAGUAAGCAUAAGCUCGCUCUCUGCACACAUCCAUCGUCAUCACCAUCUUGGCAAGUUUCCCCUUGCUGGUGUCAUCACGACGAACGGCGGCCUCACACGUCUCCAGAGCCCACAUACCGAAAUAGUCAAAUGCGGCAAUGGAGGAGUAGAGAGGGACUUCGCGGUGACGGAGAGUGACGACCUGACGGUGUGGAGCAGCUCGUGGAGCAUCGGUGUCGGAGGCGGUGGCCGGCGAGGCGGAGAGUACGGUCACGGCGAGGAGACAGAGGACAGCAACCGACAUGAUUCGGCGGGUUUGAGGAUGGUAGAGGCUGAAAAUUUGAAGGUAGUAGGAUGA